AUAUUUGCCACUAGUGUUAGGUACCGAGUUUGCAAAUAGUAAAACGACAAUGGACUUGUUGGUCACUGAAUCAAUCCGCCAGAUCUCAUUAUUGUCGGUUCUCUUCUCUCCCCCCACUUGUCCAAAAUUAAAUCAAAUAUAUUCAGCAGAGCAGGUUUAUGUUGACCCCGAGCUAUCGAUCUCGCGUGUUAUAUCUAUCUUUUACAUCCUUCCACAGCUUAGCUACCAACUCAACGGCAACAAACAAUCAACAAUGGCGAAGAGAUUACAGGGCAAAGUAGCCCUCAUCACCGGCGGAGCCAGAGGCAUCGGCGCCGCGGCCGCGCGGCUCUUCUCCCGACACGGCGCGAAAGUCGUCAUCACCGACAUCCGGGCCGAGCUGGGCCGGUCCGUAUCGAGCCAGAUCCAGUCGGAGUCGGGCCAGCCCGUCACGUACGUCCAGUGCGACGUCACCAGCGAUAGCGACAUGCAGAACGCGGUGGACGCCGCCAUUUCGAUGCACGGCAAGCUCGACAUCAUGUACAGCAACGCCGCGGUCUCCGGCGCGGUCGGGCAGAACCCACUGGAGGAGAAGAAGGGCCCCGGCAUCCUCCUGUCGGCCGUCGACCGCGAGGCGUUCCGAAGCGCGUUCGACGUCAACGUGUACGGUUCGUUCCUGGCCGCGAAGCACGCGGCGAGGGUGAUGAUCCCGGAGAGGAAGGGGAGCAUCCUGAUGAGCGGGAGCAUGGUGACGGCGAGCUACGGUGCGGCGCCGCAUUUGUACGUGGCGACGAAGCACGCGGUGGUUGGGCUGGCGAAGAACCUGUGCGUGGAAUUGGGGGAGUACGGGAUUCGGGUGAACAGCAUCUCGCCGUACGGGGUGGCGACGCCGAUGGCGGUGGAGUCGAGCGGGCUGGACGAGGAGACGUACGAGGGAAUGUUCACGGCGAUGGCGAAUCUGAAAGGGGUGGUGUUCAAGGUGGAGGAUGUGGCGGAGGCGGCCUUGACGCUGGUGAGUGACGAGUCGAGGUAUAUUAGCGGGGUGAAUCUCUUGGUCGACGGCGGCCACUCCUUGAAAUCUGCUUGAUUGUGAAUCUUGAAAUUGUUGGUUGGGAGGGAGGGGAUUAAAAAUUGCUGUGUGGU